AGAGAACAUUUGCCCAACUGUCUGUGCACAAACAAAUCCCACUUUAUUCACUGCCAACUUUUCUUAUUCUUCUUUAACUUUAGUAACACUAUAUUCUGGAAAACAGUGAAAUCAUCUAGAACAAGCCAAGAAUCAACUUACCCUUUUUUACUUUUUAAGUUCUUGAAAUGGAAAAACUAAAAAAUUCCUUCAAAUCUCUCUCUCCUGAUCAUCAUCAUCCUGAAGAAGAACAUCAAAUUCUCUUAAACCAAACUGAAAAAAACCCAUAUCUUUACAUGAAUACAUCCAAACCAAAGGACUUUGUUUUGGAAAAAAAUAACAAAGAAACUGAAUUAUCCAUUUCUCCAAAACCCCAUUUCAACAAGAAUGACAGUAACACAAGUGAUGAUAUAAUAUCAACACUUGGAAAUAGUAACAAAGAUUUAAACUUUGCGGAAGUGUCACCAUGUUCACAAAGUUCCAGUUCUUCUUCUAGAAAAAAAUCAAGUCUUUUAGUAAACAGGACAAAAUCAAGACUAAUGGAUCCACCUGAACAAGAUCAAAGGUCUCAAAAUGUUGCAAUGAAAUCUGGGGUUUUGUUAAAAGAUAGUAAAAUUGAAGAAGAAGAAGAAGAAGAAGAGGACCCUUUUUCAGGUGAGGAUUUACCUGAGGAAUACAAGAAAGUAAAGUUCAGUACAUUAACUGUUCUUCAGUUGGUGAGUUUAGUUGUAAUUAUUGCUGCUUUAGUGUGUUCUGUUAUAUUUAGAGUAUUGAGGGAAAAGAAGGCUUUUGGUCUUGAAUUAUGGAAAUGGGAAGUAAUGAUUUUAGUGUUGAUUUGUGGAAGAUUGUUUUCUGGUUGUGUGAUAAGGUUGGUGGUGUUCUUGGUUGAGCUUAAUUUUUUGUUGAGGAAAAGAGUUUUGUAUUUUGUGUAUGGAUUGAGGACCUCAGUGCAGAAUUGCAUUUGGUUGAGUUUGGUUUUGAUUGCUUGGCAGUGUAUUUUUAACAACAAGGUUGAUAAAAUGACUGGUGGGAAAGUUCUACCUUAUGUGUCAAGUAUUUGGAUUUGUCUUUUGGUAGGCACAUACAUUUGGUUGCUGAAAACAAUUCUUGUGAAGGUUCUAGCUAUGUCGUUUCAUGUUAGUGCGUUCUUCGACCGAAUUCGAGAAUCUUUGUUCAAUCAGUAUGUGAUCGAGACGUUGUCUGGGCCAGCAUUGGUUGAGAUUGAUCAGCCCGAGCACGAGGAGGAAGAGAAGGGAACACCACGGAAGACUCCUAUGUCAGCUACUCCGAGGAGUUCUGCAUUUUCGAGGGUUAUUUCUGAGAAGGAAAAGGGAGAGAAGGGCGGAAUCACUAUAGAUCAUUUGCAUAGACUAAAUCAGAAGAAUAUUUCUGCUUGGAAUAUGAAAAGGCUGAUUAAUAUGGUUCGAAAUGGUGUGCUGUCAACUUUGGACGAGAAGCUACUGGAGUCAACUCACGAGGAUGAAUCUGCUGUGCAGAUCACUAGUGAAAAAAAGGCUAAAGCUGCAGCCCAGCAGAUAUUUAGCAAUGUGGCUAAGCCUGGCUCCAAGUUCAUCUAUCUGGAGGACUUGAUGCGUUUUCUGAGAGAAGAUGAGGCAUUGAAAACAGUGCGCCUUAUCGAAGGUGGAACUGAAACCGGGGGCAUAAGUAAACGGGCUUUAAAAAAUUGGGCGGUGAAUGCAUUUAGAGAACGAAGGGCUCUUGCUCUGUCAUUAAAUGACACUAAUACUGCUGUAAACAAACUUCAUCAAAUGUUAAAUGUCCUUGUGGCAAUAAUCAUAAUAAUCAUCUGGCUCCUUAUAUUCAGAGUUGCCACUACACAUUUCUUGGUAUUUUUGAGUUCCCAGAUGCUUCUGGUAGUAUUCAUCUUCGGUAACUCAGCCAAGACGACAUUCGAGGCAAUCAUCUUUUUAUUUGUAAUGCACCCAUUUGAUGUAGGCGAUCGUGUUGAAGUUGAUGGAGUUCAGAUGGUAGUUGAAGAGAUGAAUAUAUUGACAACAGUUUUCCUGAGAUAUGAUAACCAGAAGAUCAUAUAUCCAAAUAGUGUCCUAUCGACAAAGCCCGUAAGCAAUUACUACCGCAGUCCACACAUGGGAGAUGCAGUUGAUUUCUGCAUUCAUAUCUCAACUCCCACACAAAAGAUUGCUAUGAUGAAAGAGAGAAUAACAAGGUAUAUUGAGAACAGGAGUGAUCAUUGGCAGCCGGCUCCAAUGAUUGUCAUGAGAGAUGUGGAAGAUUUGAAUGGGAUAAAAUGGUCGGUGUGGCUCUCACACACGAUGAAUCACCAAGAUAUGGGAGAGAGAUGGGCGAGGAGAGCUCUUCUUGUUGAAGAAAUGGUAAAAAUAUUUAGGGAGCUCGAUAUCCAAUACCGUAUGCUACCUCUUGAUGUCAACAUCCGUCACCUGCCACAAUUAUCAUCAAGCAGAGCUCCGUCUAACUGGACAGUUUCUGCUUAAUCGAUCAAAAAAAGUUCACUCAUAUGAGGAUCACAAUAGAGCAAGAUUGUGUAAUCCCCAUGAUUUCAAUAUGGCUGGAAGUUUUGGUUAGUGUGGAUGAUCCGGUACUUUUUAUCUCUAACCUAUAGCCAAUAGUUGUGUACAUAGUCAACCUGGGACUCAUUUGGAAACUGCAAAUAUAGUCCAUAUACAUAUGGCCACAAGUUCAUUGUAACUAGAUGUUAUGUUUUCAGAGAAAUUUGCUAGUCAUCUUUAUAUCA